CUGUUGAGUAACUGCAUGCUGGUCUGCCUCUGCGUGAGAGAGGGUGAGGGAGCGAGCAAGAGGAAUAGAGUGAUCCUCCAGGACCUCCUCGGAUCCCUCUCCCCUCUCCUUCCGUGGCUCUUACUUGCUGCUUAUGUCCAUUUAAGUUUGGGAGGCAGGAAAGAGGACACACAAUGGAGAGAAGAGCCUGUGGCAACUGGGCCGUUGUACUGCUGAGAGGGGGAUGGGGUAGAGAGAGGACUGGUUCACACAGCUAACACAGCCUGCCGGCUGUCGGUUUCCUACAGCCUCUCCUCCCUGCCUGGACCCACGGUUUCCAGGCAGGGGCCUUUUUCCUGGAACAACCGUCUUCAUCCUCCACUUUGAAUACACCACGGAUUACUCACUGUGUCCUCUUGGAAUUUAGGAUACAUCCUUAAGGAUACAGAAGUCUUGAUUUGUGUUUUGGAUCAGAGGAAAAGGAAUAACGGACUCCAUUGUGUUUGUUUUUGUGCACUUUCGUGGUUUUUGCUUUCUGUGUGGUGGAGUUCAUAAAUGGAUUACAAGAUGCAUGCCAAGUCAAACGAUUUGCUGGAUUUUCAGAAACUGGAUGCCCUUCUGGAAAAAAUUGCACAUUCAGUCUCUGUGAAAAGAGAGUCCAGCGAAGAGUGCAAUGGGAUCAGUGGUGCUCUGUCAGUGGAGUCUGUGUCGGGGCCAAGACUGAACUGGUGUCCUGCCAACACCACUACCCCUGCCCCUGCUCCAGCUCCGGCUCCGGGGCCCGAGCACAUGGCCUACCCGGUCAGGAUGGGGGACGGCCUGGACACCGCGCAGAUGUCGGGCAGCAGCAGCCAGGGGCAGGCCCAGCAAGGUGGCAAUCCCCAACCCCCAGAAUACACCAGUUCCAACCGGCCGAAGCGCCAGACCAACCAGCUGCAGUACCUGCUCAAGGUGGUGGUGAAAACCCUGUGGAAGCACCAGUUCGCCUGGCCUUUUCAUGCCCCAGUGGAUGCAAUCAAACUAAACCUGCCUGACUACUACUCAAUAAUCAAAACUCCAAUGGACAUGGGAACAAUUAAGAAAAGACUUGAGAACAGUUACUACUGGAAUGCCCAAGAAUGUAUCCAAGACUUCAAUACAAUGUUUACCAACUGCUACAUAUACAACAAGCCUGGAGAUGACAUAGUCUUAAUGGCUGAGGCUCUUGAGAAGGUUUUUCUCCAAAAGGUUACAGAAAUGCCUCAGGAAGAAACCGAAAUCGUUGUCAUGACGGGAAAGGGACGUGGCCGCGGCCGGAGAGAAGGAGGUCUAAACUUGAAACCAGGAGCUAUUAUUGAUCCCUCAUCGACGACUCCUCAAACGCGUGGUCUGUCAAACAUCUCGGCAGCACCGCAGACUCGAGGACCACCGCAGGGCCCACCUUCACUACCUCCCCAGCCUUUGAUGCAGGCCCUGCCAACUCAUGUGCCCCCAACGUUACCGAGCCACGCGCCGCAGCUCGGCGCUCCUUACUCCAUGGGCCAAUCGGACUGCGCCGCCCAGGUUCCCAUCAUGACCUCUGUGCCUCCUCCUCCUCAGACCUCUCUCCCGCAAGCGUCCAUCCCAAGCACUGCUCCCAUGCUGCAGACCUCCAUAACCAUGACCAAACAAAGAAAGAGCCAAAAACGGAAAGCAGACACUACCACGCCCACAGCAAACGACCAACUCAGUGAGUCGUCGCCAGCAGAGUCGAAGUCCGGGAAGACGCUACCCAGGCGAGAGAGCACCCGGCCAGCGAAAAUGAUAAAGAAAGAAGCUCCCGACUCCCAGCAUCACAUAGGUCUGGGUCUGGGACUGAGCGGUACAAGCGGCGGUCUGAGCCCCAAACAGCAGGAUCAGCUGGGCUACUGCGCUGGUCUGGUUAGGGACAUGCUGUCCAAGAAGCACGCUGGCUACGCCUGGCCAUUCUACAAGCCAGUCGACGUAGACGCACUGGGACUGCACGAUUAUCACGAUAUCAUCAAACAUCCCAUGGAUCUAAGCACUAUCAAGUUAAAAUUGGAAAACAGGCAAUAUCGGGAACCCCAAGAGUUUGCUGCUGACGUUCGAUUAAUGUUUUCCAACUGCUACAAAUAUAAUCCACCAGACCAUGAGGUGGUGGCGAUGGCACGCAAGCUACAGGAUGUCUUCGAGAUGCGUUUUGCCAAGAUGCCCGAUGAGCCUGACAACAAACCUCUGGUGUCCGCCCCAACGCCGACGCUUCACCAUCCCGCCCCUGUCAAGCCUCAGCCCCCCCUGGCCCACAUCGCCUCGUCCUCCGACAGCUCCAGCGACUCCUCCUCCGAGUCGGAGUCCUCCACAGACGACUCCGAAGAGGAGAGAGCCCAGAGGCUGGCAGAGCUCCAGGAGCAGCUGAAGGCUGUCCACGAGCAGCUGGCUGCCUUGUCCCAACCACAAGCCAGCAAACCAAAGAGAAAAGAGAAGGAAAAGAAAGAGAAGAAAAAGGAUAAACAUAAAAAGAAAGGCGGUGUGCCCAGCCUUGUAGAUGAGAUCCAGGAUGCUACACCUGUUCCACAGCUGUCCAAGAAGACCAAGAACAAUACCAACAAUAACAAAGACCUUGUCGUUCAAAAGAAAAAACCCAGUAAAAAAGAAGGGAUGAAGAGCAAUCAUCCUCCCAGCCUGCCAUCGGUUCCCAGUCUGGAAGAUGAGCUGGGAGCUACUGGGUCGUCGGCGAUUGGGGAAAAGUGCAAACCUAUGACCUACGAGGAGAAGCGGCAGCUGAGUCUGGACAUCAACAAGCUUCCUGGCGACAAGCUCGGUCGAGUUGUGCAUAUCAUCCAGUCCAGAGAGCCCUCUCUAAAAAACUCAAACCCCGACGAGAUUGAGAUCGACUUCGAGACGCUAAAGCCUUCAACUCUGCGAGAGCUGGAGCGAUACGUGUCUUCCUGCCUCCACAAGAAGAAGAAGGUUCCAGUUGCAAAGACUGUGGAGUCCAUGGCUACCUCCAAGAAGACUGGAUCCUCUUCAGAGAGCAGUGGUUCCAGCUCAGACAGUGAAGCUGAAGGUACAGGAAUAAUAAAACCGCAGAAAAAGAAGAGCCAGCCUGCAAAAGAGAUGAAGAAGAGCCAUCCUCACGUUCAGCCCGGCCCGGCUCAGACUGGGCUUCAGGCCCAGGCUGUGGGCGCUCAGUCCAACAGUCAGCUGAAGCAGCUGCAGCAGUCUCAGCCAGCUCCUGCGGGCUUCAUGGCUCCCCCCGUUGCUCCUCUGGAGUCCUCCCAGUUACUGGAGACCAGCUUUGAGUCUCUGCCACCCUUUGGCCAGCCCCUCAUGCAUCUGCCUCACCACGCUGGCAACUCUUCCUCGCCUGCACCUCCUCACCUCAACGCUCAUCCUGCUGGGCCGGUGUCCCCGGAGACACACCCCUUCCUUAACCAGCAUCCCGUCCUCCCUUCUCCUGCCUUGCAUAGCUCCAUGCCUCAGCAGCCUUCUCGGCCCAGUCACAAGGCAGCGCCUCUUCAUCCCAAGCUCCCUCAGCAACAACCAGCACCACCUCAGCAGCCGCAGCCGCAGCCGGUUCUCCAACAGCAGCAGCAGCAGCAGCUUCAGCCCCCGUCGGCAGCACCGCCGCAGCACCAGCUCCCCCCUCAGAUCCUCCACCCUCCUCAGCCGCUGCACAGGCGGCCCAUGUCCCCUCCAACGCUCACACCCCAAGGCCUGCUGUCCUCUCAGCCUCCCCAGCUGCUGCUGGAAGACGACGAAGAGCCAGGUUCCACAACGCCUAUGAACCAAGUACAGCUCUACCUCCAGCAGUUCCAGCAGGCCCGCCAGCCGCAGCAGUCCAUGCAGUCCCUCCAGGCUCAGGCUCGCCAGCAGCAGCAGCAGCAGCAGCAGCAGCAGGCGGGGCCGACUUCCAUCCUGCAGUCAGUUCAAGGACAGUCUCAGCUUUCUCAGAUCACGCUGCCGCCUCAUCCGCUCCCCGUUCAGUCUCAGGCCCCGUCGCAUCAGGCCGUGCCCCAGCAGAUCGCCCUUCACCAAGCCCGCCACAUGCAGCACACGCAACAGCAGCAGCAGCCGCAGCAGCUCAGCUACCAGCAGGCUCCUGGACUUUCUGCUCAGUCGCAAGUGUCACAACACAAGGUGUCCAUGUCCACCAACAAAGCACAGCAGAUAAUCCAGCAGCAGCAGGAGCAGCCGUCCCCUCGCACCACCAAGGCUGACCAUUACAAUACCGGCCACAUGAGAGACAACCCCUCACCUCUCAUGAUGCAUUCCCCUCAGCUUCCCCAGUAUCCUCCCGUAUCGCACCAGUCUCCGCCUCACAACAUGCAGCCCAAGAAGCAGCGGGCUCCUGGCAGCCAUGUUGGAAUAAAGGAGGAGAAGCUUCCUCCCUCGCCCGUAAUGAGAGGAGAGCCGUUCAAUCCUGCAAUGAGGCCAGACCAUCACAAACAUUCUGAUAACAAGCCUUGUCAGCCAGACCACGUCCAACAGAAUGUGAAGUCGAUUGAGAGCUCUCGACCUGUGAUCCGCUCCUCUGAGCCCAGCGGCCCGCCGCCAUCGCUUCAAGACAAGGAGAAGUUCAAGCAGGAGUCCAAAGCUCCCGCCGCAACCAAGAAGGUGCAGGACGUGAAACUGAAGAACAUGGGCUCGUGGGCCAGCCUCGCACAAAAGUCCACGUCGGCGCCUCUCUCAGCUGGGAAGUCCUCCAGUGACAGUUUCGAGCAGUUUCGCCGCGCCGCCCGGGAGAAGGAGGAGAGGGAGAAGGCGCUGAAGGCCCAGGCCGAGCAGGCGGAGAAGGACAGGCUACGCAGAGAGCAGGACAAACUGCGAGGCCGGGAUGAGGAGGACAUCAUGGAGCCUCCCAGGAGAGUGCACGAGGAGCCUCGCAGGCGCCUGGAGCAGCAGCAGCAGCACAUCCAAGCUCCCCAACAACCGCAGCAGCAGCAGGCGCAGCAGCAGCAGGAGCCCCAGCCGGCCGUCAUCCAGCCGCCCCCUCAACCCCCCACACCCCCCCAGCCCGCCACACAAAACCCACUGGACCAACAGAGGGAGCUGGCCCGGCGCCGGGAGCAGGAGAGGCGGCGGCGAGAAGCGAUGGCAGCAACUAUAGACAUGAAUUUCCAAAGUGACUUAAUGGCGAUCUUCGAGGAGAACCUGUUUUGAGGAGAGGAGCAUCUGAAACGUAACUGCAAAAAAAAAAAAAAAAAAAGAAAAGAGAACAGAUUUUAAAAAAACAAGGUUGGUAUA